AUAUGUACAUAUUUGGAACGCUGUUUUGAACGUAGACCAUGCACCUCUAAACGCACUUGCCUGUCAUUCUGAAGGCAGGUCUGGUACGGUUCAGAAAUAUGCCGUCCUUGCACCUUUUAAACCUUGUCCGAAAUAAGGAGAGUUGUAGGAGACUGAUCACACACUUUAAGUAUCUGCACACUAGAAGCAGGACAUGGUUGGUAAACAGCAGCACGCCUUGGACAAUUCGCUCCAGGGGACAGAAAUGUGGUCCCAUGUCCCGGUGGCAGGUCCCUGCGGGGCAACUGACAGCAGCGAACAUGUGCACCGGCUCCUGUAGUGACGACGAUAAGACCAGCUGGCUCUGGUCUGUUUACAAUGAAACCAAAAAGCAAACACAAGAUUUAAUCCCUGUCAUAUCAAACAAUUUUGUGAACCCCGACACCAUCUUUGCUAAUAAUGAGAUGAGUCUGCAGGACAUCGAGAUCUAUGGUUUUGACUAUGACUACACAUUGGCUUUUUACUCCAGUCACCUACACACCCUGAUUUUCAGCAUCGCCCGGGACAUCCUCAUCCAGGAACACAGGUAUCCAGAGGGAUUGAGGGAGUAUGGGUACAUCCCUAAUUUUGUGAUUCGUGGUCUGCACUAUGACGUUCAAAAGGCCUUACUGAUGAAGAUUGAUGCCUUUCAUUAUAUCCAGCUGGGUACAGUGUACAGGGGUCUUAAUCCUGUGCCGGAUAAGGAAGUCAUCGCUAUGUAUGAGGGCUCCCAUGUACCUCUUGAGAUCAUGAGUGACUUCUAUGGCAAGAGUUCUCACGGUCAAACCAUGAAGCAGUUCAUGGAUAUCUUCUCCCUGCCUGAAAUGACACUACUCUGCUGCGUUAAUGACUACUUCAUGAAGCACAAUAUCGACUACGAACCUGUUCAUCUUUAUAAAGACGUCAAGGAGGCCAUAGGAGACGUCCACGUCAAAGGGAUCUUGUAUCGAGCGGUAGAGGCUGAAAUUGAGAAGUAUGUCUGUUACGCUGAACAGACACAUGCUGUUUUACAGAAGCUGUCUAAGAAUGGAAAGAAGAUGUUUUUGAUCACCAACAGCCCAUUUGAUUUUGUAGAUCGAGGCAUGAACUACAUAGUUGGAAAAGACUGGCGGGACCUGUUUGAUGUUGUCAUAGUACAGGCUGACAAGCCGGGCUUUUUCAACGACAGGAGGAAACCAUUCAGACGGGUUACUGAUAGAGGUGUGUUGUUAUGGGACAGGAUUCACCACCUUGAGAAAGAGCAUAUCUAUAAACAGGGAAAUCUGUAUGAGUUUUUGCGGCUUACAGGCUGGAGGGGCUCAAAGGUCUUGUACUUUGGAGAUCACAUUUAUAGUGACCUUGCAGACCUAACCUUGAAACAUGGUUGGAGAACAGGUGCCAUCAUUCCUGAACUACGAAAGGAGAUAAAAAUCAUGAACACUGAGGAAUACGUCCACACUAUGACCUGGCUGCAGGCCCUGACUGGGCUGUUGGAACAAAUGCAGGUGCACAGAGAUCCUGUAUCACAAACAGUGAUUCAGCAAUGGAUCAAUGAAAGGGAGGAUAUGAGGUUACUGACCAAAGACAUCUUUAACGCCCAGUUCGGGAGUCUUUUUCGUGCGUACCACAAUCCAACCUACUUCUCGCGCCGCCUCUCACGGUUCGCCGACAUCUACAUGGCUUCCCUCAGCUGUCUGCUGAACUAUGACCUCCAGCACACCUUCUACCCCAGACGCACCCCCCUGCAACACGAGUCGCCUAUCUGGCCUGAGCAAACCAGCACCGGAGCCAUGAACAUCCCCUUCCAGAGCCACAGGACAAAGACUGGAUCAGAAUAG